AUGUCCCAAAAGAAAUUCGGGCGUCACUCGUGUUAUUCUACAGCUCCAUCCAAGCCCUCCCUGCAGCAUGUCGCGCAGCUGCGCAAACUGACGGAGGUCUCAAUUUCAAAAGCACGAGAAGCCCUCAGUCAAACUAAUAACGACAUACAACAAGCCCUCGAAUGGGUGAAAAAUGAUCUCGCAGCGUCGGGCAUAAAAAAGGCCGCGAACGUCCAGUCUCGGGAGACUCGAGAAGGACUUGCAGCAGGGGGAAAAACAGCCUUGGGUGGCGGCGGUAUACGGGCAGCCAUGGUUGAAUUGAACUGCGAAACAGAUUUUGUUGGAAGAAAUACCCUAUUCGGUCAAUUAGCAGCGGAUAUAGCUCAUACCGCCGCGUUUAUCACGGAACCGACUGACUCUUCGACUAUCAUCAGAUCUUGUUCGCUGGACAUUUUGAACGAUGCCCCUCUAUUAUCUCAAAACAACCCCUCAUCUCAUUCGUCAUCCACAGUGUCAAGCUCUAUUAGAGACCUCAUCGCCAAAGUGGGUGAGAAGGUUUCUCUGAAAAGAGCUGUGACAGUCGUGCAAAACCCGUUUUUGGGACAGUCUCCCAAUCUUGGUCUGCGUCUCGCGUCCUAUCUGCACGGAUCUGUUGGCUCCGCUCCUCAGGGUCGCAUCGGGUCUUUGGCUGUGCUCGCUCUUCAAUCUCCAGAGCUUGCACGUCGCCUUGAGAGCGAGACUUUCGUCAAAGAUCUCGAGCGACUUGAACGUGCACUUGCACGGCAAAUCACUGGCUUUGACACUUGCUCGAUCAAGUCAUCGGAUGGUGACGAGACGGCACUUUACAACCAACCGUUCAUGAUGCUCGGAGGGGAGUGUGUAAAUGAGCCAGUACGGCUGGCCAUAGAGAACUGGAGUAAACGACAAGGUCUUGUCCAGGAUGGCGAAGGAGGUAUUGAAGUCCUGGAGUUUGCCAAAUGGAGUGUAGGCGAUGUCGUUGGAUAGAUUCAUUUAUCUUACUUACUCGGAUUACAUGCACUACCAACGGUUCUUGAGAAUUAGUUUGUAUGUAUACUUAGCUGACUAAAUUUGGCGUCAUGACACA